CUAACCAGGCUGUGCUCUAGCUCAGCUCACUCUAGCACCUCAGAGCAUAGCCUGGUUGGUAGUCACACUAACAAGGACCUCAAUUACCCCAAUUACACAUCUCAAAAGAGCCAGUGUGUUAUAUCCAAAACCUUAUAUUUACAUUACUUCUUCUUGUUUUCCCAUCUCCAGGUCUGUUUCAGCAUGGGACACAUUACUUUAGCCAAAAAAUUGGCUAGGAAAGCCCUUCUACUGCUGAAAAGGAAUUUCCCUCAGACCUGGUUUGGUGUCCUUUUCCAGAUAUUCCUGGAAAAGUAUUGGCAUUCCUGUUCCCCAAGCCAACCUCCAAAUAAUCCUAGUGAGAGGUUGUCUCUACCUAUGUGGACGUCUCUCAGUUCUCCCAGACCAUGGGCAACAAGGAGAAGUGGCUGCACUAUGAGCAAAUGGCCCUUCAAAAAAGCAGUUUAUGUUGGUUCUCCAGGGAGGGAUUGUUGGCCACAGCUCAGCUCAUGCAGGCCCUUGCUUACACCAAGCUCUGCCUUGGCCACCUUGACUUCUCCAUCAAGUUGGCUAAUGGGACUUAGAGCUGAUGAGUCUAGGGCUUUUAAAGAGUACAUGUUCACAGCUAGACCUCACACAGUGCUCUUGAACCUCCUCAGGUUUUCAAGCUCGUGAGAUAUGCAGAUACCUCAAGAAACCAGCUCUGGAGAAUCUGGUCCUCUCAGUUCUCUUCAGAUCUGCAUUUCUGAAGAAGAAGUAUUAAGGUCAUUUUCUGUCAUUUGUAUUUGUUUUCUAAGAGGGGUGUGUAUAUUUUCCCAGAGAAGUUUGGAAUGGAGAGGGAGAUGCUGUUCUAUUUCCACACCUGGGGAUAUCUUUCCCUUGGCCACUGCAGAAGCAAUAUCUUAAGUGUGGAACAGUCAGGAGUGGAAAUGCAGUCAGAGCUGCUAUAUAUUCCUCAGUACUUGGGGCUCAUGGACAACUUUUCUUCAAAAAAAAUUCUGCAGGGAGAUAGAAAACUGCAGCAGCUCAAGACCCUGGAAAUUGCCUCCGAGGCAAAUUCCCACCUCCUUUGCCUAAAGAUGGGUCUGAUCCCAGACACAGAUGUUCUCUAUAUAAAUAGAGCUGUGAAGAGGAGAUCUAGGAGAUGUUAGGCUGCUUUUAGGGUGUAAGACCCCUUCCUUUCCUACCCAUCCUCCUUACUCCCUAGCUGGUCCCAGUGGCUCUGUCUCUUGGCAGAUUUGGUCUGUGUGUCCAUGUGCUGGAGAGUCAGUGGGCACUCAUUUCCCAGGGUUAUGAUGUCCUUGGCCUGGCCUGCUUUCAUUCUGCUUGCUUAGAUCUGCUGCUCUACGGAAAAGGUAAAUCUUGCACAGGUCUCUGCUGUACUCCUGAGGGAUUCAGACCUCACAUAGGGCUCUAGGUUUGGAAUACAGGCAGUCAUGAACCUGUCCCUCAGGCAUGGCCUCUGCCUCUGACCUCUGGCUCCUUAAAGUCUGGGAACCAUGCUGUGAUUCAGGGGUGUCUGCCUUUGGGGUCUUGUUUCCUUUCCUGUAUCACACACCUUCUGUACCCUAGUUCCUACACUGACAAUAUAUGCUAGCCUGGUUACCUUCUGUGUUCACAGGAUUGCUAUGUCGGCCCUUUAGUGAGUGUCUGCAUUUUGUUCAAAUCUAUGAGCACAGCUGUGUUCUAAUCUCUCAGAGCAACAUCAUGCUGGGAGUCCACUCCUCCCUGGCCAUGUGGUAAUGUCUUACUCAAGUGCUGUGGGAAAGGAUAGGCAUUUAAGUCAUUUAAGCUAUCUCUCCCCACCAGGCAGGACUGUUGAAUAUCUCUAACCAACUUUUAAAGCCCAUAUACCUCCCAUCCCCUCCUAUCUUAUUAGAAGGGCUCUUGUCCUUUAACAGGUUUUGGCCUAUAGGUCAAGGGUUAAGUUUAGGUUUACAUUUAAGUGCUAGAGUAACCCAUAGCAAGGCUGAAUAUAACUGGUCUCCUUUUAAGUUUCUUUGUAUGUGAGUUAAUAGCCUUGGUCACUUCCUUGUAUGUGAGUUAAUAGCCUUGGUCACUUUCUAACAUCACUGCACUUCUGACUGUCCAGGAGGUCUUAGAGCCUUAAAGAAGUGACAAUUUUAAGCAAAAGCCGUGGUUGGUAAGCAGUGGAUAUUGCUGAGAGCUGUUACUCUUUUCCUCCAGGUUUGCCCAGGAGUCACGAUGGGACCUCUUUGAGCACUAUUUUUCUAAGUCUUGCCAGUUGGUGAAAAGAACCAAUGCCUCACUAUUUGGUGCUCAUAGCUUUGUCCGAUUCCUAGAGUGCCAUGUGUUAAUGUUACAGAAAAUGCCAGAGGGUAUCUUCAUGCAUAUUCCCCUAGAGCUUCGCAGCCAAACGCUCGAGGUACCUGUUUCUCAGCUGCCCUUCAACUCACACCUAACUCCCUUAGUUCUACCCUAUGAUGCUCUUUCUGCCACCGGAAUCUCUUCCUUACUUUCCCUUUUACUGGCUCUGACUCCCUUUACUCUGAAUCCUUUGUUUCUCCACAUAGAAAGUUUCCACCUACCUUAUGUAUCCUUCCAGAUAUUAUUGCAUCUAGGUCUGGACUGGGUUUCUUAACUUUCCACCUUUGCCAGCUACUACUCAGUAUCAUUAAAAUAUUAACAUUUAGCCCUGCUCAGUGAACCUAUACUCUAUGGUUCAGUCUAUAAUUUGACACAUCUACCUACAGCCCUUCUGAGUCUAGAACACAUUCCAGUUCCUCUGUAACCCCAAAUCAGUUUUCCAGGCCCACUUUGCCAUCAGUAACUCCUCCCUGUUCCCCUAGUCAUGAGUGAAUACGUUGAAUGAGGACCUUGUAAGUUCUGAUGAAGUGGCAUGUUAGGAGAAUGAAGCACUAAUCCCAGAGCUAAUGUACCUUCUUUUCCUUUCAGCACUUUAAAGAGUUCUUCUCUCGAUGUGUGACCUGCCCUGUCUACCACCAGUGAGUAUCUGAGCUUAAGGCCUCUGCAAUGAGAUGUGAAAAGAGAGAAUUCAUGUCCCUGACUAAGAGCGUCAGGCCUUUUGAUACCUGCUUCACCAGGAUUUGGAUAAAAGGAGACUUUCUGGAGGAAGAUAACUCUUAGAAAUUUAGGAAUACAGAGUAAGCAUUUCUUCCUGGAACCCUUGUGUGAGAGACAUAGAGACUGUCUUAGAUUCUUACUCACAAGCAGUCAAAGGCUGCACCUCCGAAGUAAAAAGGGACACACAGAUAUAAGGAGUUAGUCCUUGCUCUAGAGGUAAGUAUAGUCCUCUUCCUAGUGCUAGACCCUGCCUGGACAAACAGGAAUACCUCACUAUUAUUAAACAGCAAUGUCUUCAGCUUCUCUCAGCACUUUGUUUCAGCAUUGGUAACCCUUAGGCAUAGAAAGUUCUUUGCUCUUAGGCAAAGCAAUUGGGUUGUUUCCUUGAAGUAACUGGAUGGUCACUAAGGAGAGAAAAAGGUCUUAGAAGUCACAAUAUAAUGUCUAUGAAGGUGAAUGGUAAGAUUAGGCAAGAAAAGGACAGGAAAGAAUGUAUUUCCUUUACUCAUAGCCCUGCAAAUCUCCUUUCCCAGGGCUGCUAAUUAAAUUUGUCAUUGCUGAGGGCAUUCUUUGUAUUUGUGACGUUCUUUAUGUUCCUUCUUUCAGGAUUUGACAGAGUGGAUGAUGUCAAGGAGAGAAGGAUGCAAAAGAAACUCAAGAUGUAUGUGUUAAAA